ACGUGUGUUGUGCAAAACAUAAAUAAAUUUUAUAAUCAAUAGCAAGGAUUGCUUAUAGUAUUAUUAAUUGUCAUAACAGAGAAAAUCAAACCGGAAAUGUGAAAGCAAAUUUAAAUCAGAUUUACAUGUUGGAUAAAUGGGCCAGCGAGAAGACCAAGAACAACACGAGAAAGUUCGUGUAAUAAAUUUCUAGAUUGCAUAGAACGCAAGAGCCUCCGAGUAAAGUCAAAAGAAUCAACAAACAAGAAUACAAAUAGUGCAUGCAAAACAUUUUUUUGGGUCAUACAUAUUUCAACUAGUUGGAGGAUUGAAAAAGUUGCAUGCCCCUCUAAUGAUGAUGACCGCAACACGAACAAUUUUGCCAUAAGAGCAAAUUAUAUAAAAUUAUCAUGCAGAGUAGGCAGCGGCCAAGUUUGCCACUUAAGGGCACCAACAACAACAAGAAGGCUAAACUUGCACAGCGCUGCGUGCGGACUGCAUGACGUAUACGUAAUAUAUACAUAUGCAUUACGUAUACGUAAUAGGCACAAGUUAUGGCCAUUUGCCAAACACCAACUCAACGACACGAAGACACAAACAAAGCUGAAUAGAACACACUGAACACAUUCCAAAAAAAAACGAUAUUGAAAGAACAAAUAACAAAUACCCUUAACAAAUCGCAAAAGUUAUAAGAAACUUGCGAAUGUGUUGAGGCAGCUGCCACAAGAUGACAAAAUGGCGAAGUUAACAUUGCACCGUCUACUGCAGCGUUUGCAGCUGACGGCGCUGCAGCUGGCCACUAAGCAACAACAACAUCAACAACAACAACGCAACAAAAACAACAACAACAACAAUAACAAUAGAAUGCGCAUGGCUCUCUUAGGCUGGCUGCAACUGUGCCGUGGCAAUGGACAUUAUCUAACGCUGGCCGUUCUCAUCUAUGGCUAUCUAAUGCUGCAUGCCUCUGCCGCAGCUACUGCUUCAACAACAACAACAACAACAACAGCAACAACAACGAGGUCAACAACUGCGACCAUGUUGGCCGUGUUCAAUCGCACAAAAACAUUAGAUUUAAGCCAAAUACAAAAACAAAAACAAUACGCACAGAAACUAAAACGCGAUGUUGUCCAUCUGUCUGAUGAUGAAUACGAUGCCAGUUAUCCAGAUGAUAUAGACGACAUUGAGGCCUUGAUUAAUAAUAAGUCAGCUAAGGGUAAAUACAUUGGAGCGCCAUGCAACGAGCUGAAAUGUGAUGCGAAACUUUUGCAUGUCAACUGCGAUAAGGAGACGCAAAUUUGCAGCUGCGAGCGAAAUUAUCCUGUGCAGCUGGGACUGAUAAAGGGUUGCGCCAAACCUAAAAAACUGGGCGAUCAGUGUUUCUAUGACGAGACAUGCAUCUACAACGAUGAGAACUCCCUCUGUGUUCAGGUGCGACACAAUGCGAUGUGUCAAUGUGCCAGUGGUUAUCACUCGGUCAGCUAUACGAAGCCAACGAGGCGCGUCUUUUGUACUCCCGAUCUCAGCGAGCUGAGCUCCGAUCUGCCCACAUUGUUGGGCGUCUCAUCUGGCAUUGCGGUGCUGGCGGGUCUCAUUUGCAUGGUGCUGCAUCUGUUUAGCAAGACCAAAUAUCCGAGGCAUCGCAAUUUCGGGGAUGCGAACAUUCCGCCGCCCAUCCUAUACUCCAGCGAUACAGGCAUUCCGUUGACUGUGCAUUCGGCACGUCCGUCGUCGCGUUCGAGCAUACGGUCGACGGGUUCGAUAGGCUCCUUUGGCAAUCGACGCGCCUCAUCUGGCGGCUUGGGCGGCGUCAGUGGUGGAGUUGGGGGUAACAGUGGUGGUGUUGGUGGUGGUGGUGUUGGCGGUGGCAGCGGCGGCGCUGGAGCAGGGUCAAAGGGCAUACUGGUGUCGACGUCUCGUACAGGUGCGGCUAGAUCGGCCGCCAUAUUGCUCAUAUCGUGUCACAUUUCGGCCGUGUCCAAACAAAAUUCACGCGCCUCAUCGCGUCAAACAUCGGGCGCCGGCUGCAGCCAGCAUUCGCGCGACAAUCUUGACGAGAACAACGGCUCCGGCGGCGGCGGCUCCUCUGGUGGCUGUCGGAGUUGCGAGAGCACUCUCUCAAUGAACCGCCAGCUGCAGAAGCAAUUGAAUCAUCAACGGCAUCUGCUCAGUUUCGAGCUGUCGCCGGCGAAGACAAAGAAUCAGGAUAGAUUUAGGACCCUCUUGGGCAUCAAUGAUAAUGAUGAUGAUGAUGACGAUGAUAUUAAUAAAUAUGAUGAUAAUAAUGAUGAUGGGUUCAAUAGCAUAGAUGCACUAGGUGGCGGUUGCAGUCUUGGUGCCGGUGCCAUUGGCGGUGGCACUGGUGGUUUCAACUAUGGCAGUGGCACUGGCGGCGGUGGUGCCGAGAUGCAUCAAUUGCAAAUUGGCGCCCUGCCCACGCCGGCGAGUGAAACGCCCAGAUUUGCGGUUCUCGAAGACCAAGUCUAGCGUCUGUGCAUAGCACAAGCUCCUCGGUGCGCAGCUACAGC